AUGAGAAACACAGACGUCUCACCAGUGGGCUCGCCAACCCCAGAAAAGGACAGGCGAGACAGUCAAAGUAGCUAUUGUGUGUCACCCGUGGAGGGAGAGCCACCUCACUACCCACGCAACGAGUCCCGGGCAACUUCAUCGCCCAGUCCGGUUUACAGGGACUCCCAUGUUGACACCCACUCUCAAACUCAAUUCCAGCCCGUCCACGAGCCCAGACGAUUUAUUUCGGGUAAGCCAACGCGGUGGGAUGAUUUCUCUGGCGAAACGGCCACAGAUGACUUUGGGCGCAUCAAUCAAGUGAACCCCCGCAAUGUGCCGCUUCACAAACCGACUUCCUCGCAUUCAUCGAGUUUACUAAAACAACUCAACCCCAAGAAAAAGAUCUUCGCGGCCCGGAACCGCAUCAGCAGUAUUUCCAAGGCGGAAGAUCUCCCCAAGGAGGCCUCUUAUAGAAGUCGAUCGUCAUCACGUGGAUUCCCAGAACAACAUUCCUCCAGACGCAUCGCCUCAGACGCGAGUCCCCAGCUGGGCAACCUCUCUUUCGUCCCUACAACCGUGACCACAAUUAGCUCCGGGGGUCCGGCCUCACACCGCGCAAGACCGACAACCACAGGCGCGCCGACUCUCCCACGGGAAGAUACCCCGGAAUUCCAAUUCGACGAGGAGGUUGCAAGCAUGAUGCUCCCAGACGAGCCUGCCAGUCGAUUCAGCGCGACCACCUGUGAUACAGAGCCCAACAGCUUGAACCCAAGUCCACGGGAAAGCUUCCAAUUCGAUAACAGGUCUACGGAUAAUUUGUCCACUAGCUCGAUCAUGGACCGACGACGUCCCAUUGCUCCUGUGGGCUUACCAAUCUCGAAAAAGCCCGAUGUCAAUAAACCUCUUCGAAAACCUACUCCAUCUCAGGUAGCAGAGCAGGUGAAACAGUUGCCGGUUCAGCCUCCCCCGGCUCCGUCUGAACCGAUGGAUGCCCAGGGUCGUAUUGAGGCCAUGGAGGCCAAAAAGAAUGAACUGGCCCAGCGUCGAUUCAAUCUGGAGACUGUCAUUAUUGAGUUGAUGAAAGUCUUCCAACCCAACUCGAUCGUUGUGUACGACUCAGCUGCUAAGGCUGAAGUUCAGAAGAGUGUCAAAAGCAUGGAGAAUGAGAUCGCCGACAUCAAGAAGGAAGAGCAUGAUCUUGGCAUGAAGAUUGCCCGGGCUUGGCGACGCCUGGACGAGAGGGAGAACGCCGGCGAUGGAAAUAAUCUUUGGGUCAAGCGUGUCACCAGUUAA